CUAUUUGUUCUCUGCUAUUUGUUAUUUUGUUGAACAAUGGUGUUUUUGAAUUUUCGUUGCAUUUUGUACAGCAAAGUUCUUCCACCCCGAGCUCAUAAAGGUAUAUAUGAUGGAAAAGGUUUAAUGUUUGGAUAUAAACCUACAUUUUCAGAGAAAAAGACAAAGAAAGUAUGGAAACCAAACGUUCAACGUAAGACAUAUUACAGUGAAAUACUAGAAGAAAAAUUGAAAUAUGAAAUGACUACAUCAGCAAUGAGAUCAAUAGAUAGAGCUGGAGGAUUUGAUAACUAUAUCUUAAAAACUUCAGACAAAAGAUUGGGUACUAAAGCUGCUACUGAGUUAAAGAAACGUUUGUUAACAGUUAUUGAAAUGAAAGAAAGAGGCGAGAACAUUGAAGAUAUUAGAAAGAAAUUGGCUCCACCACCCAAAAUAUCAAAACAUCAACAUGUACCAAAGAAAUAUACUAACAGAUUUUAUUUUGAAUGGAAAGGCAGAAAACAUGUUAUCUAUUGCUAAAACUUUGCUAUAAUCUUGAGAACUUUAACAUAUAUAUUUAACAAAUUUUGAAAUUUUUUGCACAAAUGUGUGCACUAUAAAUUUAGAUCUUAAACCUCGGACACAGAAUAGAGACAAACAGAAGGUCAAAAAAGUGUAACUGCGCACACCAUGUUUUACAAUGAUUUGUCAUCAAAAUGCUGUUGCCAUGUUCCUAUAGGCACUGGCUAGGACCAUGUUGACGAUGCCAUUGCAACGGUUAAAGGGGAAGUCAAGUCCGUAAUGUAAACAAAAGGUUUGUUUACAUUUUGAACUGCUGUAUUUUUUAAAAUAUGAUGUACUGUCUGAAUAUCUAACAUCAUUUUGGUUUGCUAUACUUCUAAAUGAGUAUGAAAUAGAGUUUAUGUUCAGAAAAAAUUCGAAAUUUGGGCAAUGUUCACAUUAGAGGUCCUCACAUUGUUAUGAGCAGAACCGAUAUCCCCUUACGAAAAUUUGCUAUAGGAAUUCCUAUAGGAAAUCAAAAUUCCUAUAGGAAUUCCUAUAGGAAUUGAAAAUCUUUGAUUUGAACUAUAUGACUGUUUAUGAUAACAUGAUUGUUUUCGAACUUGGCAGAUUGACUAUGUGCAGAACGGACUUGACUUCCCCUUUAACCUUCUGUAAAGUUCAUAUUCUGUACCUUGGUGGUGUUACAUGCCCACUCUCCUUCACAGAGACUUUCAAGCAUUUGUAUUAGUUGUAUUACUGGUACAGUUGUUGGGAAAUUAAAUUGAAAAUAAACUAAAACUGCUUGAUACGAGACAGAUUGCACACAAGACAGCUAGGCAUUUACCAGUCUUGUACCCAGAACAUACCUGCCUUUCCAAGGAGCCCUCAUACAACAUUAACUGUUUGCCUAGCCUGCAGGCAGCCCCAUACCUGCGCUCGUUUACGUGGUAUGGGGCUGCCCGUAGGCUACGUACUGUAUGCCCAACUUUGUACUCUGAGAGCCACAAGCACAGAAACCCUGGGUACGGGGUUGUCUAUAUGCCAUACAUCUUGUAAUGCCUCUGUGGAAGAGAGCAUACUUAGAAAUGCUGGGUUGGGUGGUCUUUGCAUUCAAUUAACAGUACACAUAACACAUCUUGACACUUUAAAUGACCAUUCUGAGUGGCCAUUACGGCAUUCAUAUUUUAUAAAAUAUUGUAAAUAGCGGAAUAUAUAUAAACGUUUCGGUUAGAUCAAUAUACAGAACAAUGAAGUUUUUUGUAAUGAAACAUCUGG